AUGACGUCCUCAAUGUUGGCAGUUACGGCACCAAGCUUUUGCGCCCCGUCCGCAUAUGAGCUUUCCACGAUCCCUCAGCCAGUUGUAAUAGAGCCUACCGAUGUGGUAUUCCGUGUUCACGCAGCGAGUAUCAAUCCCGUAGAUGUCAAGAAGGCAGCAGGAGUCUUCAAGCUUGCGGUCAAAGAGAAAUUCCCAUAUCAAAUUGGCUAUGAUUGCUCAGGAACCGUAACAGAAGUGGGUCAGGAUGUCAAAGGCAUCAAAGUUGGCGACGAGGUUUACUCGCGGUUACCGGAGGCAAGUCGAGGGGCAUGGAGUGAAUACGCCAAAUGUUCACAACAUUACGUUACUCUCAAACCCAAGAAUUUGUCUUUCGAUGAUGCAGCCUCGUUACCAUUGGCAGGCAUGACCGCACUACAAACUUUGCGACGAUACGAGGGAUCAUUGUCAGGCAAGACGGUCUUCGUACCAGCUGGCUUGAGCGGCACUGGCGCAUAUGCGUGUCAGAUCGCCAAGAACGUCUUCAAUGCCGGCAAAGUGAUCACCACCGUCUCAACAUCAAAGGUAGAAAAAGUACCAGAGUUGCUUGGUAAAGGCACGGUUGACCAAAUAAUCGACUACAUUAAGGAAGACGUAACCCAGGUCAUUCCUCGUGGAUCCGUUGACUUCAUCUUAGACACAACUGGAGAUUCUAUGUCUUUUCUUCAUCUCAUGACUCCGUCUACAGGUGUCAUUGUCUCUAUCGCUACGCAGCCCUCCGGUACUCAGCUCCAACAAUCUAGCGUGAUGAAGAGGCCAGAUGGCCCACGUCUCCCGUGGUUUGCACGCAUGGUGUUGAAUAUGGUUGAUUCGUAUCGGAAGGCACGUGCAAAACGCUGGGGUGUCAAAUAUGAGUACCUAUUCCUCGAUCCCAAUGCCAAAGACUUGGAAACACUGGCUCUCUAUGCAGAAAAAGGAGACGUCCUGCCUGUUGUUGGUUGUAAAGUCAACUUUAGGGAUAUCGAUGGCGUGAGAGAGGCGUGUACAACUGUGUACAACGGGAAAGGUGGCCUUGGGAAAACGGUGUUCACUAUCAUCGCGAGUUGA